AGCAGUUCUAUCCCAAUGUUUCAUCUUGCAUCUUUGGAAAUGGAAUCUUGAUUCUGAUCUGAGGGAGAUAAACAAUGCAAACAAAUCAAACCACUGUGACUGAGUUCAUCCUUGUUGGAUUCAUGGACCAUCCAGAGCUUCAAAUCCCCCUCUUCAUCAUCUUUCUGCUCAUCUAUCUCAUCACACUGGUGGGAAACAUUGGGAUAAUCAUUUUAACAAAAAUUGAUGCUAGGCUUCACACUCCCAUGUACUUUUUUCUUAGAAAUCUAUCUAUUAUAGAUCUUGGUCUUUCUACCACCAUUGCCCCUAAAUUGUUGACAACAUUUAUGAUAGAACAUUCAACAAUUUCCUUCACAGGAUGCACCACACAAUUCUUCUUUUUUGUCGUCUUUGUGACCACUGAAGGUUGCCUUCUGGCUGUGAUGGCGUAUGAUCGCUUCACAGCAAUCUGCAAUCCAUUGCUGUAUUUUCUUAUCAUGUCAAAGAAGCUUUGCAUCCUCUUAGUCAUAGCUGCCUUUGCUUGUGGCUUUGCAAGUUCAACAGUACACACUAUAGUUAUUUUUAACUUGAAUUUCUGCAGCUCAAAUACAAUUAAUCAUUUCUUCUGCGAUGUUCCUCCAAUGCUUCAAUUGUCCUGUUCAGAUAUCCACAUUGUUCACUUUGUGCAUUUUGUUAUAUCCACUGCAAUUGCACUGACAACUUUUCUGACUGUUUUGAUUUCCUACAUUGCCAUUGUUAUUGCCAUCCUGAAGAUCAGCUCUGCCCAGGGAAGAUACAAAGCCUUCUCCACCUGUGCCUCCCAUCUCACCACUGUGAUCAUUUUCUUUGGAACCAUCAUCUUCAUGUACAUACGACCUGGCUCCAAUUUCUCAUUGGAUAAAGACAAAAUCAUAUCCGUCUUUUACACUCUUGUCAUCUCCUCAGUUAAUCCACUUAUCUACAGUCUGCGGAACAGGGAGGUAAAGGAUGCUCUUAGCAAAAUGCUAAACAAAAUAAUAUUCCUCAAGUAAAAAAUGGUAUAAAUGUGAUUUCCUUCAUGUCAUACCCCCCUACUUUCUAUGAGAAAAAUACUAUUGUUUACUUGAUAAUAUUUUGAGCAGUUGAGGAAAGACUUGAAAUUUCAUAUAGGUUAUCCAAAUGUUAAAUAAAUGUAAGGGAAAAAUGAAAGAACAGUGCAUUUUUAAAUUGACCUUUAAGAAGAAGAAUUGUUUUUAUUAAUAAAAGCAAAUAAUAUUAUGUUUGAAUGUUUCUUCCUCUGUAAAUAGAUGUACAUUAUAGACAGAAACAGUAAACUACAGAAGAGUGAGUCAAAGUUGACUAUUGAUUAUAAAAGAAAGUUUAGAUGGAAUCUGCAGUUCCAUGUAAUUCAGAUGUAAAAUUUGUUAUUAUUUUAUUGGCAUUGAAGUGGAUGUAACUGAUAGAAUGUCUAUGUCAAAUAAUUGGUAAAAUGCAACAUGUAUGUUCAGUUUUGCUUAAUCACCCUUCAGUCAAUUUUAACAACAUUCCUUCAAAGGACCUUAUAACGAAAAUGGGAAAUGGUCACAAAGUAACAAUAUCAAGGCAGAAUGCUAUUUUUAAGGGUCUUUGAAUUAAAAAUUUGAUGGGGAAAGCAAAACUCUUGCCAAUUACAAACACAAUAGAUUGCCACUAGCAAUAUGUAUUAAUCUUAAAAAGUUGACUUGAAAGCUUUUUUCAAACUAAAGCCCUCCUAAAGGUAAGCAGAAAGAGAAUGCCUUUUUCUCUCUGUUCUCCAUCCUUGCCCCAUUUUCUUCACCUCAAAAUUAUCUUUCUGAAACUACUUUUUAUCUCCAAAAAGGAGAGAUGUGGGCUACAAGGAGAGAUAAUAGAGGUGGAAAGAAUCAGUAUAAAUAGGUUUCAU